AUGUCUGGCAAACCAGUGCUCGGUUAUUGGGACCUGAGAGGUCUGGCCGAACCCAUACGGUAUUUGUUGCACUACUCGGCCGUAGACUUCGCGGACAAACGGUAUGUGUUUACAGACGUCGACGCGUGGAAAUCAGUGGACAAGCCAUCGCUGGGUCUGGACUUCCCGAACCUCCCCUACUAUAUCGACGGCGACACAAAACUGACCCAAAGUCUAACAAUCCUACGCUAUUUGGCCCGAAAGCACGGACUGGCGGCCAGGGAUGAGCCCCGACAGGCGCGGCAAGAGUUGGUGGAGCAACAGGUGCUGGAUGUGAGACAAGGGUUCGUCACAAACAUACUGAUGAAUAAGGACUACGAGAGCAAAAGGGCCGACUACUUGGCCGCCACUCUUGAGCCGCAGUUGGAUCUGUUGGUGAAGUACUUGGGAGACAAACAGUGGCUAAUCGGCGGACAGUUGUCUUACGUAGACUUUCUGGCGUAUGAUGUGUUGGAUUGGUUGAAACGAUUCACUCCCGACACUAUCGGCAAAUACCAAACUAUUGGCCAGUAUUUGGACAGAUUUGAAGCCUUGCCGGCCAUUAAGGCCUACCAGAAAUCGCCGCAACACAAGGCUUGGCCCAUAUUUGGCCCCCGAGCCAGUUGGGGUGCUGUGCAAAUGUAA